UAUAUACACACACCACACGGCCCAGCAGCCGAGCAGCGGCACGGCCCCCCGCCCGGGACACAGCACGGCCUCCACCUGUCCACCAUUUUCGCAAGUACUCCUCCUACCUGCGCCCGCGACACAGCACGGCCUCCACCAUUUUCGCGAGGCGAGGCGAGGCGAGGCAAAGACGAUUUUCGAUUCGGCGGCAGAAAUUCGGGGGAAAAUCUCGCGAAAAAUCAAACAGCAGGCGCGCAACCAAACAAGGGCAGCAGCAGGUUGAAGCGCAUGAUCUGGCGUGGCGUCCCGCAGUUGCCCUCCCCGCAUAAAGCCCCGGGGGCGCGUUCGCAAGAGACAAAACACCGCGGCGGUCAUAGGCGGCUGAUUCGGAUCGGGCGCUAGCUACAUGACCAGCCUCCUCGCCAAUAGGAUCACUACGCUCGUGCGCGCUGCUCCCAUGGCCGCCGCGGCCGUCGCGGGGGCGAGGCCAUUGCGGAUCCCGCCGCGGGAGGAGGAGGUGGGGACGGCGGCGGCGGCGGCGCAGGAGGAGGAGGAGCACCACCAGCGCGCGCGCCGCAGCCUGGGCUCGUCCUGUUCGGCAUCGUCCUCGUCCUCGGCGCGUCCAUCGCCCGGCGAGCCGCGGCCGGCCUCCGGCAUGGUGGUGAUCGUCGGCGCCACGGGCACCGGGAAGACGAAGCUGUCCAUCGACGCGGCGCGGGCGCUCGGCGGGGAGGUGGUGAACGCCGAUAAGAUCCAGCUCUACGCCGGCCUCGACGUCACCACCAACAAGGUGCCCCUCGCGGACCGCCGCGGCGUCCCGCACCACCUCCUCGGCGCCAUCCGCCCCGACGCCGGCGAGCUCCCGCCCUCGUCCUUCCGCUCCAUCGCCGCCGCCACGGCCGCCUCAAUCGCGGCAAGGCGCCGCGUUCCCGUCGUCGCCGGCGGGUCCAACUCCCUCAUCCACGCCCUCCUCGCCGACCGCUUCGACGCCUCCGCCGCCGACCCCUUCUCGUCGCGGCGGGACGGCUACCGCCCCGCCCUCCGCUUCCCGUGCUGCCUCCUCUGGGUCCACGUCGAGGAGGCGCUCCUCGCCGAGUACCUGGACCGCCGAGUGGACGACAUGGUGGGCGACGGCAUGGUCGAGGAGCUCCGGGAGUACUUCGCCACGACCACCCCCGCAGAGCGCGCCGCGCACGCGGGCCUGGGCAAGGCCAUCGGCGUCCCCGAGCUGGGCGACUACUUCGCGGGCCGCAGGAGCUUCCGCGCCGCGAUCGACGACAUCAAGGCCAACACGCGGGACCUGGCGGCCGCGCAGGUCUCGAAGAUCCGCCGCAUGGCCGACGACUGGGGCUGGCCCAUCCACCGCCUGGACGCGUCCGCCACCGUCCGCGCCCGCCUCCACGGCGCGGGCCCCGCCGCGGAGUCGGCCUCCUGGGAGCGCGACGUGCGCGGCCCGGGGCUCGCGGCCAUCCGGAGCUUCCUGCGCGACGGCGACAGCAGCACCAUCAAUGGCGACGAGGCGGGGGACGGGCCGUCGCCGCUGCGGGCGCCGCGGAUGCUGCGAUGCUGCGACGUGGUGGGGUGAGCUGCUUGCUGUUACUUUUCGGGGCGGAGUCAUUCGCGUUACGGCGCAAAGGGUGGGGGGCUUUUGGGGGUUCGAGGGUUUAGGCCGUCGAUUUUGCAGGUUCCCGGCGGCGCCCUCGGCCGCUGGCCGGUGGGGUCCGACAAGGGCACAGUGACACAGAGAGGAGAGAGAGGGGAAAAAGCUUUAGCGUAGAGAGAGAGAGAGAGAGAGAGAGAGAGAAAAGCUGCAGUUGCAUUGCAGAAAGAGGUUGUGAAUUCUUUUCUUCUUUCUUUUGUUCGUCCGUUUCCUAACCGCACCACUGUAUGUGCUACUAAUCCACUGGACAGUUCAAAUUUUGAAAUAUAUGCAGUACAGCUGAUGAGCCUC